UCAAUUGUUGAUAGAUGCAGAAGUAGAAGACAAACCUAUUGUGUUGUACCUUUGGUGUUAAUUUAAAACGAGUGGGGGGAAAAAUAAGGAGGUGCAUAUAUGUUAUCCAUUUAGGUGGGCAAACCAGUAUUACAUUUCUGGACAUCAGCAAACAGAGGAGGGGGUAUCCAGCUGUCUACAACCCAAAAGCAUCAUGUGGAGUUUGAGCUACAUGCUUGUUGUGAUUUUCUUGUUUGUUUAUUUGUUUAAGCCCAGUACCAGCAGCGGGCGUGCGGCUGUACAUCUGCUGGAGUAUCACAGGUCAUCAGAUACAGGAUGCAAAGGAAGCUUGUUGUCAUCUAAUGUCUGUGACCUACUGUUCACCAUCUGUUUCCAAGGGUUGUCCGGCAAAGAUUCCUGCACAAAGACGAGUGACAUGUACAAAGCAACGAGGGAUGUCAAAUUUGGGACAAGCAUUAAUGGCGGGAUAGCCAAUCCCAUCCUCAAGUCGUUCACUGCCUUACAGACAGGUGCGGAGGUUGAGGUCAAAGUGGGUGAUGAUUACUGGUUGUCAUCAACACCUCUUCCUCUGGAUGACUUGAAGAUCCCUCUACCGCCGUCUCACAAUGGUGCUACCGUCACGCUUACCAACAGCCAUGCAAGAUUAACACUGACCAUCACUGUGACCUGUGACCCCCACUACUAUGGACCGAACUGUUCUGUCCUGUGUAACCCAGGGUCAGCUGACCACUACACGUGUGGCCCGGACGGGUUAAAACACUGCAUUAAAGGCUAUACCGGAAGUGCUUGCCAACAAACACCGUGCCACAACGUUGCCUGCCAUAACGGAGGAAUGUGUGUUGUAGUAGGGUCAACAUUCAACUGUUCCUGUCCAUCUGGAUUUAGUGGUGUACAUUGUGAGACCACACCUUGUACAAAUAAUUCAUGUCAGAACCAAGGAACGUGUCAUGUUGUUGGAUCGAUAGCCACCUGUUCUUGUAAAUCUGGAUUUAAUGGUACACAUUGUGAGACCAACCCCUGUACAAAGAACCCAUGUCAGAAUCAAGGAACGUGCCGUUUUACUGGAUCAAAGGUCACCUGUUCCUGUAAAACUGGAUUUAAUGGUACACAUUGUGAGACCACACCCUGUACAAAGAAUCCAUGUCAGAAUCAGGGAACGUGUCAUGUUGUUGGGUCGAAAGCUACCUGUUCCUGUAGGUCUGGAUUUAAUGGUACACAUUGUGAGACCACCCCCUGUACAAAGAAUCCAUGUCAGAAUCAAGGAACGUGCCGUUUUACUGGAUCAAAGGUCACCUGUUCCUGUAAAUCUGGAUUUAACGGUACACAUUGUGAGACCACACCUUGUACAAAGAAUCCAUGCCAGAAUCAAGGAACGUGCCGUUUUACUGGAUCAAAGGUCACCUGUUCCUGUAAAUCUGGAUUUAACGGUACACAUUGUGAGACCACACCUUGUACAAAGAAUCCAUGCCAGAAUCAAGGAACGUGCCGUUUUACUGGAUCAAAGGUUACCUGUUCUUGCAAGUCUGGAUUUAACGGACCACUUUGUGAGACCACCCCGUGUACAAAGAAUCCAUGUCAGAAUCAAGGAACGUGCAGUUUUACUGAAUCAAAGGUCACCUGUUCUUGCAAAUCUGGAUUUAACGGUACACAUUGUGAGACCACCCCCUGUACAAAGAAUCCAUGUCAGAAUCAAGGAACGUGUCUUGUUGCUGGAUCGGAAGUCACAUGUUCCUGCAAAUCUGGAUUUAAUGGUACACAUUGUGAAACCACCCCCUGUACAAAGAAUCCAUGUCAGAAUCAAGGAACGUGCCGUUUUACUGGAUCAAAGGUCACCUGUUCUUGCAAAUCUGGAUUUAACGAUACACAUUGUGAGACCACCCCCUGUACAAAGAAUCCAUGUCAGAACCAGGGAACAUGUCAUGUUGUUGGGUCGAAAGCUACCUGUUCCUGUAAAUCUGGUUUUAAUGGUACACAUUGUGAGACCACACCCUGUACAAAGAACCCAUGUCAGAAUCAAGGAACGUGCAUGUUUACUGGAUCAAAGGUCACCUGUUUCUGCAGGUCUGGAUUUAACGGUACACAUUGUGAGACCACCCCCUGUACAAAGAAUCCAUGUCAGAAUCAAGGAACGUGUCAUGUUGCUGGAUCGGAAGUCACAUGUUCCUGCAAAUCUGGAUUUAACGGUACACAUUGUGAAACCACCCCCUGUACAAAGAAUCCAUGUCAGAAUCAAGGAACGUGUCAUUUUACUGUUUCAAUGGUCACCUGCUCUUGUCGUCCUGGAUAUAAAGGAAUGUACUGUGAUGUUCUGUCAAACACAAAGGAAGUCACUCCAUCAAUGGCAGCAUCAUCAACAGACCGGACUCUUCCACAUCUUCCUACUCCAACAGGUUGUCCCCACAACAUCAGUAACUGUGAGUUAGCGGAGUGUCCAGAUCUGACCUCUGUCCGAUGUGUCCGGUGUCGGGCUGGUUACACACAGGUUGAGGGACGCUGCAUGACGUGUCCAACCCGCACCCCUAUCCUGCAUUGUGAGGAGGAACAAUCAGUCGACUGUCUCUUCAGAUGGUGCAACAGGUGCGAGCAGGGAUUCUACCGGGAAGCUGCUGCUUGUGAGGAAUGUCCUUCCCCAAACCCAAUGUGCAACGAAUUCACCUGUAGUGACUCCACUGACGUCACAUGCACCAAGUGCAAAGAUGGAUUCCUGGAAGUAGACGGCCAGUGUCUUCGUGAGUUAUUUCAGCUGAAACACAACGUUAUGCUUACAAGCCUGUUCUGA